GCCCCUGGGGCCAGCUCAUUCCCCUUCUACUAGCAUGGCCGGCUCGGGGCAGUACCGACACCUGAUUAAUGACUACGGACCCCCCUCUCUGGGCUACACGCAAGGAGGGCAGAUCACUGGCAGCAAUCAAGUCCCUCAGAGCAAAUACGCAGAACUGCUGACCAUCAUUGAAGAAUUAGGAAAAGAAAUUAGACCGACCUAUGCCGGAAGUAAAAGUGCCAUGGAAAGGCUAAAACGAGGUAUCAUCCACGCCAGAGGACUGGUACGGGAAUGUUUAGCAGAGACUGAGAGAAAUGCAAGAUCCUAAGAUCC